AUGCCGUCUGAUGAGUCUACACCAGCUUCCCCUACCCCUAGCUCCACCUCAGAUCACCUUAACCGGCCGACCUCGCACUUCUUCCCUUGGGCCACUUCUCCAGAUGUCAUCCGAGCUCACGAGAAGGACAUCCAAAUCACAGGCACCCUCAACACCCAAGCGCAAUCGAUAAUCCGAGCUCUUCGCGGCGCCAGAUUUACCCAUGCAAACACCGAUACUAUCAAAAACCUGACAGAACUUCUAUACCUGUCGCUCACGACGCUCGUUGGCAAUAGGACGCUCGGCGAAGAGUAUUGUGAUGUUGUGCAGCUGGAAGAUGACACCUUACGGCUUCCGUUGCUGGCUCGACGGGCUGGGUACAUUGUCUGCAGUAUUUUUCUUCCAUGGAUGUUACAGCGGAUUCUCCCCGCGUUUCGGCGCCGGCUACGAGCGAAGCUGGAACGAAGUAUAGCGCGCAAGAAGGCCAAGUCUGUAUAUUUCUCCAAGGAGGAGCAGCAGAAAAAGAAGCAGAACUUGGUUCUGAAGUUCCAGACGUAUAUCUUGGAGCACUUGGAUUCGCUAACAUCACUCUCACCAAUUUAUGCUGUUAAUCUUGCGGCGUUUUACUUCUCCGGCGCAUACUACCAUAUCUCGAAGCGGCUGUGGGGCUUACGAUAUGUGUUCUCCAAACGAAUAGGGGAAUCGGAAGAGAGGAUUGGAUACGAGGUGCUGGGGGUAUUGAUGGUUCUACAGAUCGUCGUGCAGGGAGUUGCGCACGCGAAACACGUUGCCGAGUCGUUUCAGGAAGAUGCUCAAGCAAGCGAAAAAGAAGCGGCUGGGGCAGAUGGCCAGUCCACUACGUCGCUGAAAAGUAUUUACAAUCCGCCGUCUAUCCCUUCGUUAUCACCGAAUAUACCGCGAUACGACCUUGCGCAAGAUUCACCGACGGCUUUAAGUUGGAUACCCGCUGGGCAGCAGAGGAAGUGCACCUUAUGCUUAGAGCCGUUUAAGGAUCCGAGUGUAUCUACCUGUGGACAUGUAUUUUGCUGGGUAUGCAUUCGAGACUGGGUACGAGAAAAGCCGGAGUGUCCACUCUGUCGGCAAGAAGCACUGGAGUCCAAGAUAUUGCCCCUUCGGGGAUGA